UGGUGUUGAUGCUGUGAAGUGCCUGACUGACUAUUUCAUUCUGUUGGACAGGUGAUGGCCCAGAUCCUGAAAGAUACGGGGAUUACAGAGUACGAGCCGCGGGUUAUAAAUCAAAUGUUGGAAUUUGCGUAUAGAUACGUGACAACUAUCUUGGAGGAUGCCAAAAUUUAUUCCAGCCACGCAAAGAAGUCGAGCGUCGAUGCAGACGAUGUGAGAUUGGCCAUCCAGUGCCGGACAGACCAGUCAUUCACCUCCCCACCUCCCAGAGACUUUUUGCUGGAUAUUGCAAGACAAAAAAACCAAACUCCCUUGCCUUUGAUUAAACCAUACUCUGGGCCAAGAUUGCCACCAGACAGAUACUGCCUUACAGCUCCAAAUUACAGGCUGAAGUCUCUGCAGAAAAAGGUCGCGUCCUCUGCCGGAAGGAUCACCGUGCCACGGCUGAGCGUCGGCGCUGUCACCAGCAGGCCCAGCACGCCAACCCUAGGACCACCCUCGGCACAGGCGGUGUCCGUUUCGACGAAAGUGGGGACUCCCGUCUCGCUGACGGGGCAAAGGUUCACCGUCCAGAUCCCCACCUCCCAAACAUCUGUAAAAUCAGCAACUCCGACCACCCCCACCGUCCAGAACGUCUUGAUCAACCCCUCCCUGAUCGGGUCCAAAAACAUCCUCAUCACCACCAAUAUGGUCUCAUCGCAGAGCGCCGCGGGCGAACCCAACCCCUUGAAGCGGAAACACGACGAGGAGGAGGAUUACGACACGCUAUGAGUUCCAAGGGGCUGAGCCCACCCGGAUGCCUUCCGCUUCGCAGCGAAGCAGGCCUGGCACCGGAAGCGUUUUUGGCCAGGGAAUCAAAAACCGUCUGCGCUUGAAGGUCCACCCUGCAUGGACUCCCUUCUACCAUGGCCUCCACGCCCUCCUCUCCCAUCUCCCGAAAGUGGACUUGGUUCUCAAAGGCCUCUGAGCUGUUUGGAGCCAGGACAUCUGGGGGCAAGGUGGGUGGGGGCUGUCAAAGGAGAAACAGAUGCCAUCCACCCUCCCCUUCUAAAGGACACUGGUUCUGCAGGGAUUUCAUGUAGACAGGCUCACUCCAGCCCCAUAGUUCAGCUUAGAAGGGAGGAACGCCUGGUUAUGGAGCUGUUUUAUUCAAGGAAACGUGUUUCUUUGUUGUGCGGUUCCUGUGACGUGGAAAUCCCACCAUCUCCAAUGCUCCCCCCCCCCUUUUCCUUGGGGCAGAAGUUCAGCUUUUCCUUUCAUUUAAGGUCGUCAUCUCUGGCUCAGACUGGGAUCUGGAAGGAGAAGCCACCUUCCCAGUUUUGCUUUGCUUUUUUAAGGGGAUAGUCACCCCUGGUGUGGCAAAAACCUCUGCAAACAGUUUUGCUCUAUUUGCAUCACUAAAAAAGCAGCAUUCUGUUGGUUUAGGAGUGUCAGGUUACAUCGCUAUUAUUUCUGGCUUUAAAGGAGUGUCAACAACAAUACUUCCCUUCUACCCCCCACCCCUUUGCAGGUCACUGCCGUGAACAGUUUCUAUUUCUCAGGAGAGCUCUGUUCUUAAAUUAAAAGAUUUUUUGAGAAGUAA